CUUCCGAGAGCCCUGAAAACAAUUUUAAGAUGGCGGCUACGGCGGCGCGGAAAACAAUGGGCUCGGGGCGGCGGGGCCAGGCCGAGGCCUGAGGUGGGCAGCGAGCGCCGGCCGGCGUCGGGCCGAGCGGAGCCGCAGGAAGACCCGCCGCCGCCUUCGCAGCUCGCGGGGCCAUGGCGCGGCCGUGAAGCGGCGGCCCGCCGGCGGGGAGCGGAGCCCGCAGUUCCAGCCGCCAGAGACGCCCGCCCCGGGCCCGGCCCGCACCGCCCUCGGCCCAUGGUGCUGCCCACCUGCCCCAUGGCGGAGUUCGCGCUGCCGCGGCACAGUGCGGUCAUGGAGCGCCUCCGCCGACGCAUCGAGCUGUGCCGGCGGCACCACAGCACCUGCGAGGCUCGUUACGAGGCCGUGUCGCCCGAGCGCCUGGAGCUGGAGCGCCAGCACACCUUCGCCCUGCACCAGCGCUGUAUCCAGGCCAAGGCCAAGCGCGCCGGCAAGCACCGGCAGCCGCCCGCCCCGCCGCCGGCCCCGGCCCCGCGCCUGGACGCCGCCGACGGCCCCGAGCACGGCCGCCCCGUCGCGCAUCUCCAUGACACGGUGAAGAGGAAUCUCGAUAGUACCACCUCCCCUCAGAAUGGCGAUCAGCAGAAUGGCUAUGGAGACCUCUUUUCUGGGCACAAGAAGACCCGCCGGGAGGUUCCCAUGGGAGUAGGUGUCUCUUCCAAUGGCCUGCCUCCAGCCUCCCCCCUCAGUCAGCCGGAUGAGCCCGGUGCAGAGGCCCUGCAGGCCAGCGGGAAGCACUCGCUGGGGCUGGACUCCAUGAACAAGAAGUGUCUGGCAGACCCGCACCUCCACCUGAAUGGAGGCAGCAACCCCAGCGAGUCAUUUCCUCUGAGCCUGAAUAAAGAGCUGAAGCAGGAGCCUGUCGAUGACCUGCCUUGCAUGAUCGCAGGGGCCGGAGGCUCCAUAUCCCAAAGCAACCUCAUGCCUGACCUCAACCUGAACGAGCAGGAGUGGAAGGAGCUGAUCGAGGAGCUGAACAGGUCGGUGCCCGAUGAAGACAUGAAGGAUCUGUUCACGGAGGAUUUUGAGGAGAAGAAGGACCCAGAGUCUUCUGGUUCUGCCACACAGCCCCCCUUGGCACAGGACAUUAAUAUUAAGACAGAAUUCUCUCCAGCAGCCUUUGAACAAGAACAGUUAGGCUCUCCACAAGUGAGGGCUGGGUCUGUAGGACAGACCUUUAUGGGUCCUUCAUCCGGGCCUGUGAGCACAGAUUCAUCCAGCCUAGGGGGCGCUCAGCCUCUGUUCCACCCCUCUGGUCAGCCCCGGGCAGAAAAUCCCAGUCCCAACCUGCUGCCGGCAUCAGCCCAGGCCCAGAACGCACAAAGAGCCAUCUCCGGUGUGGUGCUGCCUAGCCAGGGCUCAGGAGGGGCCUCCGAGCUGUCCUCUGCCCACCAGCUCCAGCAGAUCGCCGCCAAGCAGAAGCGCGAGCAGAUGCUCCAGAAUUCACAGCAGCCUGCCCCAGCGCCAGCACCAGGCCAGAUGUCCACCUGGCAGCAGACGGGCCCCUCCCACAGUCCCUUAGAUGCUCCUUACACCAUGGAGAAGCCUGCCAGCCCUCCCAGCUACAAGCAAGAGUUCACCAACUCCAAACUGCUCAUGAUGCCCAGUGUGAACAAGAGCGCCCCUCGUCCCGGGGGUCCCUACCUCCAGCCCAGCCAUGGAAACCUGCUGAGUCACCAGCCACCAAGUAACUUGAGCCAGAACGCCAUGACUAACCAAGGGUCGAUGCUGGACUAUGGCAACACCAAGCCCCUUUCUCAUUACAAAGCGGACUGUGGGCAAGGCGGCCCUGGGGUUGGUCAGAGCAAGACGUCCCUGAUGGCUUAUCUUCCCCAGCAGCUCCCUCACCUGAGCAGUGAGCAGAACUCCUUGUUUCUGAUGAAACCGAAGCCGGGAAAUAUGCCUUUCCGGUCUCUGGUUCCACCCAGCCAGGAGCAGAACCCUCCCAAUGUCCCUGUGCCAGCCCAGGCCUCCAGCGUGGGGACCCAGCCGCCCACUGUGUCAGUGGCCAGCACUCACAGCAGCACCCCCUAUCUCAGUGGCCAGCAGCAGGCAGCUGUAAUGAAGCAGCAUCAGUUGCUUUUGGAUCAACAAAAACAGAGGGAGCAGCAGCAAAAGCAUUUGCACCAACAGCAGUUCUUGCAAAGGCAGCAGCACCUUCUGGCAGAGCAGGAGAAACAGCAGUUUCAGCGCCAUCUGACCCGCCCACCACCCCAGUACCAAGACCCGACACAGAGCACCUUCCCACAGCAAGUUGGGCAGUUCACAGGGUCUUCUGCUGCCGUGCCUGGCAUGAACAACUUGGGUCCAUCGAACUCCAACUGUCCUCGGGGAUUCCCUCAGGCCGGGAAUCUGAUGCCAAUGGGCCCUGGACACACAUCAGUUUCCUCUCUCUCCUCAAACUCAGGCCAGCAGGAUCGGGGUGUCGUUCAGUUCACUGGCUCCCAGAGCAUGCCGCAGGGCAGCCUCUAUGGCAUGGCCUCUGGCAUAACCCAGAUAGUUGCCCAGCCCCCGCCACAGGCCACCAAUGGACAUGCCCACAUUCCACGGCAGACCAGCAUGGGCCAGAACACCUCAGUCUCAGCUGCCUAUGGACAGAACUCUCUGGGGAGCUCUGGUCUCUCCCAGCAGCACAAUAAGGGGACCCUGAACUCUGGUUUAACUAAGCCACAGGUCCCGAGGGUGUCGGCAGCCAUGGGAGGCCAGAAUCCCUCCUGGCAACAUCAGGGAAUGCCGAACCUGGGCGGCCAGACCCCAGGGAGCAACACCGUAAGCCCUUUCACGGCAGCCUCCAGUUUCCACAUGCAGCAGGCCCACCUGAAAAUGUCCAGCCCGCAGUUCUCCCAGGCGAUGUCCAGUAGGCCCAUGGCCCCCAUGAGCUCCGCAGCUGCAGCGGGGCCCAUGUUGACUCCCGUGAGUGCACAGCAGAGGACCAGUGCCCCCGCCCCAGCACCUCCCCAGGGAGCCCCACAACAGGGCUUGCCAGGCCUGAGCCCUGGCGGGCCUGACCUGGGGGCCUUCAGCCAGAGCCCUGCCCCACCCAUGGGCGGCCGAGCAGGGCUGCACUGCACCCAAGCCUACCCUGUGCGGACUUCGGGCCCGGAGCUGCCCUUUGCCUAUAGCGGGCAGCCGGGGGGCAGCGGGCUGUCCAGCAUGGCUGGGGACGCCGAUCUGAUCGACUCCCUGUUGAAGAACAGGACUUCGGAAGAGUGGAUGAAUGAUUUGGACGACCUUUUGGGGCCUCAGUAAUGGGAGGAUUUAUGAUGUUUUCAGUGUUCACACAUCCUGUAUUUUUGUUCUCAUAUUCAACAAUGAGCAACUAUUUGGACCAAAAGCUCACAGCCCGGGUUGCUGGGUGGGUAGAAUAAAGGCCGAGGCCGAGGCCCCACCUGGCCAGGAUCUGCAGAGCCCCCUGCUCCAAGCCAGCAGUGUGGUCUGUCGGGCUGGCCCCAGGCUAUCUGCUGGCGUCAUUACCUGGUGUUGGGACAGCAGAACAGGGUUCUACAGGUGGUUUUCUAUCCAAAUGACCAAAACCAACAGUUGUAGCAGUGAAACCCCACAAUGUCAGGCUUAUAAGAAUCUGUGCCAUCAUGUUGGCUUAAUCCAAGAUUUCUCCACUUUCCCUAAUGCUGGGGACAAGUUUUUGUUGGAACUUUAUAUAGCAGAAUUAUUUGCAAUUUGUAGCAUAGUAAAAGAUUAAUUUUUUUUAAAGUUUAAAGCAGAAUAGGUGGUGGUUUGAGUUAAUUAAGUGGCAUUGGAAACCUAGGGCUUCCUUUGAAGAGCCUUUUUUAUUCUUGCUCUUUGUCAGCUUUCAGGGAGUGUCACUGGAAAACCUUUCCGUAAGUAAAGGCUGUGACUGCGUGUACCAGGGGCACAGGGUGCUGUGAGAUGGCAGGGCUGCCCCUCCUUCCAGAGCGGUUCUUCUGGGGACCCUGGUGGAGGAAUCCCUUCCUCCCAUGCGCUGGUAGCAGGCCCCAGGCUGACUGCGGAGUGGCAUAUUUAGGAUUCCUGUGUCCCCGUCUGUUGUAACUUCCCACCUUCUGCAGUUAGUUUCUCUGACAACGUAUAUUUAAUGUAUUAGAAGGUGAUCAUUGUUGAGUUGUGCACAGAUAUCUUUCCUUCACCCCAUUUGCCCUUCCUUUUUCUCCAGCCCAACUGGAAAACCUCCUUAAGGCAACAAUUUACUAGAUGGGAGGGGGAAAGUCAUUACAGUUCCUUAGGGAGACCCAGCAUGGUAGGGAGAAGGGUAUCCCUCCCCAGAAGGAAAGCUUCGGGGAAGGAGAAUGAAAGGUGGGCCCUGUUCUGGUUCUGCAGGGAGGCCCAGAUGCAGGUCCCUUCAGAGAAAGGAACUCCACUUUGUUUUUACUCUUGCCACUGCCAUGUCAGAUGAUUGCACUUUUAAAGGUAAUUGCUUUAUAACACUAACACAUCCUUUCUAAAGACUCAAGGGGAUUCUCUUGUAAGGUCUAUGAAUUAAUGGACUUGACUAAGCUAAGAGUGGGCUGCUUGUGGAAAAUGAAGAUGGAGAGAGCACUUUGGUUUAAGGAAAGCAAAAUGGUCAGCACAGGGUGAGACCCUUUCGCAGUGAUGGAGAGAAAGGUACACGGAAAAGUGGCUGUAUGCAGAGUGGUCUCGAGAAACCGCAGCUCCGUUUCCCUGGAGUCUCCAAAUGGUUAAUGCGAGGAGUGUCACCGUAAAGAACUGAGCCAAGGAACAGAUUCGUGCCACCAGCCUGGGUGGCUGGGAUGAAGGGAUGGGGGUUGUGCUCAUAUUGGUAAUGAUUUGCACCAGCCGUGCCUUGCUGGGGGUCCUUGGACCCUCAGAUCCUCUUCUCUAAUAGCCAUUUUUCACCACAAGUGGUGAUGUUGGGCCAUUUCCCCUUUAACUGCCCUCCCUGCCUUUCCCUGAUGCUGAACUUAGCUUUCAAAGAAGGGAAUGAGUGAAUCAUAGAGCCACUGAAGAUUCCACCCUCUGAGUGAGUUCCCCAGUCUGAAGAGGAAGAGGGUGAGUGACUUCAGCAGGUUUCCUACCAAAAAGAGUGGGUGAAGGCUAAUGAUGGGCCCUUGUUCCUCUCUCAUCUCCCUCUGGCUGCUGCUCACCUCUGUCCCCAGGGCACUCCACCUCCCUCCUGGGGAGGGCUGCCCCAGCCUUAGUCCUGGGCCACCUAGACAGACAGCAGGCUUCUCACUGCUGUAGUGUCAGAGCAAUAAAAUGUGAUGCUUGGGGUCCCCCCAGGGAGCUGCCCGUGGCUUUAUUUAUGAACCUGGUUUUUGGGUAGUUGGGGAGGAGAGGACCCCGCUGCAGUGCAAACCCUCCCCCCAUCUUCCAGGAGCCAUGACUCAAAAGGGUGCUCGGACUUUCGUUAUACACAUUUGCUUUGUGUAAAUAAAUGUUUACAAUUUUAUAUUAAAGAUGGAAUAAGUGUUAGAGCUUCUGACUGUAUAUUUUUUACUUUUAUAGAUUUUUAAACUAUGAUUAUAUAUGUGUUCUGGGGGAGCUAUGAUAAGUUUUAUGACAAACAAUUGGUAUUAACUUUUUAUUGUCAUCAAAGUACAUAAAAGUCCUAUUAAUCCCCUUAUUCUUCUACUUCCCUUAACUCUGGUGUACACCAAAAAGAAAUCCUAACUCGUUUUAUCAUUAUAAAAUAAUAAAAGUAUUUUGCUAGUAUGGAAA